AUCCUAUGAAAGAGGAAGAGACUCAAUAUGAGGAAGAUCCAGGGGAAAUGGAACCGCAGGCGACCUUUGUGGGAAGAGCUGAAGAGAAUGUUUCCCAGUGCUUGGAACAGGGAGAAGCCUGGGGAAAUUGGCCCAGGCCGGACAGGCUGCUGGAAAAUAACCCAACCGGACUACCCACGCUAGAGGGUCGCAACAUGCUAGCCCCACCACCAUCCCGGACACAUGGCACCCGCAGGCACUGGCGUCUCUACACAGACGCUAUAAAACAACGUGGAGUGGCCCUGCAGGAACUUAACAAGACUCUGCAAAAGAGGGCACAGGCAGAGGCCGUGUGGCACAAACAGCUGCUGGACGAGCUUGUCCAGCAGCGGACUUGCAUCUGUCCCUGGUACCCGCUUCUCCUGCACGCCAUGACUUUGCUCCUCCAAACCCCCGCUUCCCCCUUUGUACCCCCUCUCCCUCGGCGCUCCCAGACCCCAUUCCUAUCCAGCACACUACUAUCUCUCGCCCCACCCGAUCCCAAGACCAUGGAGGUCCCCGGACGCAAGGCGGCAGGAGACUGUGGUCAGGAAGCACCGUGUGAUCAGAACCCCCUCCUGUCUCUGUUUUACAGCCCUCCCCCCCGUCCAGGUUUUCAGCCCCCUCCCCUGCCCAGUUACAGAAAGUUGUGUUCAUGUCACAAAACAUUUAUUUUUUAAUAAAAACUUUGCUUUAGCAGAAAACUGUACAAUGACAAUAACGAGGUAUAUUUUAGCAACAUUUAGCAAUUUUUAGUUAUUGAUAUUGAUUAAAAUAUAACACGAAUUUUUGUUUACAAACAAAACCUGGUGUUUCUCUCUUAUUUCUGGAAAGAGGGUCAGGAUGAGGGUUGUGGAGGGAAAGGUAUUGGUGGGCCAGGCAAGCCUGCAUAGGGGAAGCUAUGGGGAGAGUCAUUGGGCUCCUGAGAAUCUCUCCUUCAGGGCCUCUCGGAUGCAAAAGCCAGACUGGUGAGCCUGGCGGAUGGUAGCUGUCCGGGGCUGCUCGAAUUGUGUCCCCUCGCCAUCAGGAACAUUAUUAAGGACCCAAAAGUAAACUAUUCCACUGCAUAGGAAUGAUCAGAAGUAUGGCAAGAGACCACCUUGGUUUAACCAGGAGAUCUUACAUGAUCAAACAAUCAAAAAGGAGGUGUAUAAAAAAUGGAAACAUGGUCAAAGUACAAAGGCUGAAUAUAAGCAAACAACACAGGUUUAUAGGGUCAACAUUAGAAAGGCGAAAACCCAAAGGGCGCAUCUACAGUACAGCAUUAUUUCGAAUGACGCACGUUAUUGCAAAAUAAGGGGAACAUCCACACAGGAAGGCUGCUACUUCAAAAU